UUUUGCAUCUUGCAUCAUUAUUUAUGUACACUUAACAACUACUAAUCAUUUAUAUAGGUCAAAUAGGGAAGGAAAGGCAUUUUAUAUACAUAGAUAGUCAAUUCUUUUUAGUAUUAUUUAGUUUACAAAAAUAACAUUAUGCCACCAAAAUCUAAGGGCGAAGCUCCCAAAAAAUCUGCCCCUCCUGUUAUAAGACCGCCAAUCAGUGACCACAGUCUUAUGUACGUUCCCCAAGAUGUUCUGAAAGGUUUCCAGGAACGCGUAGAAACUGGCAUAGAUUGGACACUGAUCGAAUCCGGAGCGCGCCAUCACAGGGAACAUUGUAAGAGGGACGAUAUACCAAAAAACACAUUUACUCAAGCAUUACAAAGUAAAUUUGACAAAUGUAUAAUACAAGGUUUCCUCAAUGAGGAUUCGGGGCUCAGUAUAGAACAACACUGGGAAUUCCUAAUGCCUGCAGUAGUAUGGGACAACCAAAGAUUUGCUACAGAUGAAGGAAAGAUAUGUUUUCAUAACGCUAACUGUAUUACUGAUGAUAUGAUGAAAGUCAUUAAGAGAGCUGUUAAAGCCAAUGAUAGGAAUGUUUUGAAGCACGAUAUGAAAAUGGUUAACGUUUUGCGAGUGAAUGAUUCGAAGAUGACCGAAUUGGAUGAAGGCUUGAAAAAAUACAAAAAAUUGGUAUCUCUCAGUUUAUGUGGGAACUUCAUAUCUGAUAUUAAUUCAGAUUUUAUUCCACCGUCCGUAAAGACUCUGGAACUACAAGCUAACUGCCUUAAAGAUGUUUCAGGAUUUGCUGAAACUUUGCCCUCUGAGUUACUGUAUUUAGGGUUGGCUAGAAACUUCCUUACCUCUAGUUCCGUAGAUGGAUUGAGGCUGUUACCAUACAAUUUGACGGUUCUGGAUCUGUCGGAUAACGACAUCUAUCAUUUAGAUCCGGUACUAGAUGCUAUCGCUAAGUUACCAAACCUUACUGCACUGCAGCUUUCGGGCAACCCUUGCUCGGUAUGUGCCGGCUAUGCUCGAGCUACUUUAAUGAGAUUAACUCGUUUACAUUAUCUGGAUUGCCGUGAAAUUCUUCCCACUGAUAGGCCAUUAGAACAUAUAGAAAUGCACCCUGAUGAUUUGCGUGCUGCAUACUUUUAUUUCACUGUGUACCGAAUCAUGUCCGCUCCACAGCCGCCGAAGGCAGAAAAGGGAGCCAACGCAACAUUCCACAUUGAACUGGAGAUCCCGUUGCUGGACGCGGUAAGAAGACGAUUCUUGAUGUUCAGACAAAACGAAUCCCUUAUUGAAAUGUUACCACCACCAGAAGACGAUGAAUGGCCAAUAACCCCCUCUGUGCCUGCGAUGAGUAAAGUCUUAACUCGAUUGGAUGAAGAAUCUUCGCAUGAAUCUGAUAUCUUCACUAACUUGGUUAUGAGGAAUCCGCGAGAAAUUCACAACUACACCACGUUCGAGAGCAACAAGGUCCAGUGGAGCAAAUUAAUGAAUUUCCAAGAGCCUAUUCUGAAGAUCUUCUGUCCCGACCUGAUCGCCUUGAGGGACACUUUCCGAUCCGUUAUCACCAUCAGAUUGAUUUACUCAGUUAUAUAUGCGCAUCAAAAACCAGCUAAAGCUGAAAAGGUGAAGAGUGUCUCAGCGAUGAAACCGCAAGGAGAGAUGAGACUGACCAUAGCCACGAUCAGGUGCUCUCUCAGGGCCCCGGACUGGAGCCAGCCUUCGCAACACUUCCACUGGGACGAAACCCUCGGCACUAAUGAUGCUAUUCAUUGGGGUGAAGGUGAUCUCUCUAUACUGCAAUACAGUCAACAGCCAGUAAAAGUGACCAAAGGGAAACCCGAAGGCCCAGAAUCUGGUCGGCAAGUAAUGCCGGACUUCUUAACUUGUCACUUUGGCUUUGGGAUCGAUACCCUGAGUACCUCAAACAUCAGAUGAAAAUUAAAAAGCUGUUUACAAACA